GUUUGUCAAUAGUUCACGUUGUUGGUGUUUUAAUUGUUGUAGUUUGUGUUUAAACUUAUCAAAAUGUCCCAAAGGUCUGAAGAAUCCCCAAUGCCUACGCCCCGAUCUAACGUGUCCUCGCCGGGGCCCGAUUUGGAGCCUUUCGAAGACGAAGGGGCCCUUUUCGGCGGCUUGGAUGCGGAGGUAGAGGAACAAGAUGGAGAGGAAUUAUUCGGCGAUAACAUGGAAAAUGACUACCGUCCGAUGCCCCAUUUAGAUCGUUACGACGAAGCCAUAUUAGACUACGAUGAAUACGACCAAAUGUCUGUAGGAGAGCGCAUGGCUGCGGAGGAGGAAUUACGUAGAAGAGACCGAGAAAUGGGCAUUACGAGAAGAGACGAUCGGGAACUUUUCUACGAUGAUACUGAUGACGUUGAAGAUCCGCGACAGAGAAGGCGCAAAGAAGCCGAAAAGGCGGCGACCGGCGAGGAAGAGGAAACUGAAAUGAUCGAAUCCAUCGAAAACUUAGAAGACACCAAGGGUUAUUCGCUUAAAGAAUGGGUCGUUAUGACGGGACCUAAAACGGAAAUAGCUAAUAGAUUUAAGAAUUUCUUAAGAACGUAUACGAAUAGCAAAGGGAAAUACGUAUACAAAGAGAGAAUCAGGAGAAUGUGCGAGAAUAAUCAGUCGAGUUUCGACGUCGAGUUCCCCAAUCUCGCCAACAAAGAACACGUACUCGCCUAUUUCCUACCCGAUGCUCCGUUUCAAAUGCUGGAAAUUUUCGAUACCGUAGCAAAACACAUCGUUCUAUCGAUGUACCCGAGUUACAACAGAGUCACCGACGAAAUUCACGUCAGAAUAUCGGAUUUGCCUCUUAUCGAGGAACUCCGUACCUUUAGGAAACUCCACGUAAACCAACUUGUGAGAACACUGGGAGUCGUUACGGCCACUACGGGUGUGUUACCUCAACUUUCUAUUGUAAAGUUCGAUUGUGGUAAAUGCGGUUACGUAUUGGGCCCCUUCACACAAACUCAAGAGAACGAAGUGCAGCCCAAUGCCUGUCCUCAAUGUCAGAGCCAUGGACCUUUCAUGAUAAAUAUGGAGCAAACCGUGUACAGGAACUAUCAGAAGAUAACGUUGCAAGAACAGCCGGGUCGCUUGCCGGCCGGCAGGGUGCCCCGUUCGAAGGAUUGCAUCCUCCUGGCGGAUCUCUGCGACAAAUGCAAACCAGGCGACGAGAUCGACGUGACGGGCAUCUACACCAACAGCUACGACGGCUCGCUGAACACCGAGAACGGCUUUCCCGUGUUCUCGACGGUCAUCUUCGCCAACCACCUGAUCGUCAAGGAUUGCAAACAGAUCGUCCAGUCCCUAACCGACGACGACAUCAACGCCAUAAUCAAGAUGAGCAAGGACCACCGGAUAGCCGAGCGAAUAAUCGCUUCGAUAGCACCUUCGAUAUACGGGCACGAGUACAUCAAGCGCGCCCUGGCGCUGACGUUGUUCGGCGGCGAAUCCAAAAAUCCAGGCCAGAAGCACAAGAUUCGCGGUGAUAUAAACGUGUUGAUUUGCGGCGAUCCCGGUACGGCGAAAUCGCAGUUUCUGAAGUUCGUGGAAAAGAUAGCCCCCAGGGCGGUGUUCACGACAGGUCAAGGGGCCAGCGCGGUCGGUUUGACGGCGUACAUUCGAAAAAAUCCCGCUACGAAGGAAUGGACGCUCGAAGCCGGUGCUCUAGUACUAGCCGAUCAAGGCGUUUGCCUAAUAGACGAAUUCGAUAAGAUGAACGAUCAAGACAGGACUUCUAUACACGAAGCGAUGGAACAACAAUCGAUAUCGAUUUCGAAAGCCGGUAUAGUAACCAGCCUGCAAGCUAGGUGUUCGGUUAUAGCGGCCUCUAACCCGAUCGGAGGGCGUUACGAUGCAAGUUUAACGUUCGCGGAGAACGUCGAUCUAUCGGAUCCCAUACUCUCCCGUUUCGAUAUACUGUGCGUGGUGCGAGACGAAGUCGAUCCCAUACAAGACCAACACCUCGCAACAUUUGUCGUCGGUUCGCACGAACGCCAUCACCCCGCUAACAAAGACAAAAUCGUCGCGGAUGAGCCCCAAAACGAGCUGCAAAUACCCCAAGAGAUGCUCAAGAAAUACAUCGUUUACGCCAAGCAGAACGUGCACCCGAAGCUGCAGAACAUGGACCAAGAUAAAGUGGCGAAUAUUUACAGUCAAUUGAGGCAGGAAUCUUUGGCUACUGGUUCAUUACCGAUUACAGUAAGGCACGUCGAAAGCAUCAUCAGAAUGAGCGAAGCGCACGCGAAAAUGCAUUUAAGAGAAUACGUGCAAGAAGAUGAUGUUAACAUGGCGGUGAGGAUGAUGCUGGAGAGCUUCGUGGAAACGCAGAAAUACAGCGUCAUGAAAUCCAUGAGACAAGUGUUCCAAAAGUACCUGAUAUUCAAGAAGGACCACAGCGAGCUGCUGUUCUACAUCUUGAGGCAGCUGGCGCAGGACCAGCUGGCGUUCCAGAGGAACACCAGGGAGAUGGAGAUGCUGACGAUCGAGAUCGACGAGAAGGAUCUCGCGGAUAAGGCCAAGCAAAUCGAUAUAUACGACUUGAAGCCCUUCUAUAAAAGUAAGAUAUUCGAGGCUAAUAAUUUCUGCUAUGAUGCCAAGAGGAAAGUUAUUGUUCACACGUUACCGGAGACUAUGACUACGGACUGAGCGUUGAUUAUUGUAAGGAUUGAUUUGUUUUUAUUUAAUUUUAGCCACCUUUUUAAUAUUAAUUGUAUGCCGAAGCAGUUUUUAUAAAUUUAUAUUAAAGCG